AUGGCGAACAUUCUUGUGACUGGCGCAAACCGUGGAAUCGGUUAUGCCAUUGUGCAAACCAUCGCGACCCGUCUUCCCACUUCCAACAUCAUCCUCGCAUGCAAGAGCAAAACUUCAGCUGAGGAAGCUAUCCAAACUCUCCGUGGCAGCGGCGUUUCAGCUGGGUUGGACCAUGUUGAGCUUGAUAUUGAGAACGAUGCUUCGAUCGAGUUAGCAGUGGCGGCUAUAGAUAAGAAAUAUGGCAGUCUAGAUGUUCUUAUCAAUAAUGCGGCCAAGCUUGAGUGGCCGGCCUCGGAUGGUUUGGCUGACAUUCGUUCCGCGAGCAACUCUUGUUACAACAAUGUCAUCAUAUCCAACGCCAUUGUCACCAAGGCAUUCAGCCAUCUACUGCGAAAGAGUGAAUGGCCGCGGGUUAUCAUGAUCUCUAGUGCACGAGGUAGUAUGUCACGGACUGCCAACAGAGAGCUUCCACCUGUCGCAAACAUGGAUUAUUGCAUUGCAAAAGCUGGCCUCAACAUGCUCACACUGCAGCUGCAACUGGCGGAAGAUGGUAAAGAAGGUGUAUGCGGCAUCACGGGGAAGAAGGAGCCCUUAGAGGGCGCUGAGUCAGUCAUCAGGUUGCUGGAGACUAAGAAGGGCGAGGUUGAGGCUGGAACGUUUUGGGAGUACGAGAACGGUGCAUUUCGGCAAGUCCCUUGUGAUGGAUUGUUAUGUGGCUGUCUUGAGAUGGCAAAUGCCAGGUCUGUGAAGAUUCACCUCUAG